CCGGGAGAUGGGAAUUGUCUGUUCCGCGCGCUGGCAGAUCAAUUGGACGGCGACAUGGCAAGGCACGACCAACACAGAAGAAUGGCAAGAAGAGAUGCUCCCAUCCGCAGUACGGCCGAAAGAAGAAGAGCAAGCCGGCACCGGCACGGAAGAGAAAAGAUUUCGCUGCGCGUGUCCUGACCCGGCUGGAGAAGGAUAAAAGUGCAUUCUUCACCAUCACGCUGAUUUCUUCAGAAAAGGUUGCCAACCUUAAACCCAUGCAGGAGGAUGUGGCCGAGCAGCAAAGCAGCAAUGUGAUGGAGAGUCGGGAUUCAAUUCUUGCGUACUUUCGUAAGAAUCAUCUCGAGUUUACAACUUUGCGGCACGCGCAGUACGCUACACUGUGCAUGCUCAUCGAGCUGCAAAGCCAGUGCAAUGUAAUCGUCUACCGCUGCAAUACCUGCAUAGCGGAAAUUAUUGGAAGUCGUUUCCAUUGCCCAGUGUGUGACGCAUUCUUAACCAUCACGCUGAUUUCUUCAGAAAAGGUUGCCAACCUUAAACCCAUGCAGGAGGAUGUGUGUGAGCAGCAAAGCGUCAAUGUGAUGGAGAGUCGGGAUUCAAUUCUUGCGUACUUUCGUCAGAAUCAUCUCGAGUUUACAACUUUGCGGCACGCGCAGUACGCUACACUGUGCAUGCUCAUCGAGCUGCAAAGCCAGUGCAAUGUAAUCGUCUACCGCUGCAAUACCUGCAUAGCGGAAAUUAUUGGAAGUCGUUUCCAUUGCCCAGUGUGUGACGCAUUCUUCACCAUCACGCUGAUUUCUUCAGAAAAGGUUGCCAACCUUAAACCCAUGCAGGAGGAUGUGGCCGAGCAGCAAAGCAGCAAUGUGAUGGAGAGUCGGGAUUCAAUUCUUGCGUACUUUCGUAAGAAUCAUCUCGAGUUUACAACUUUGCGGCACGCGCAGUACGCUACACUGUGCAUGCUCAUCGAGCUGCAAAGCCAGUGCAAUGUAAUCGUCUACCGCUGCAAUACCUGCAUAGCGGAAAUUAUUGGAAGUCGUUUCCAUUGCCCAGUGUGUGACGCAUUCUUCACCAUCACGCUGAUUUCUUCAGAAAAGGUUGCAGACUUUGAGCUCAUGGAGGAGGAUGUGGACGAGCUGCAAAGCGGCAAUAUGAUGGAGUGUCGGGAUUCAUUUCUUGCCUACUGUCGUACGAACCAUCUUGAGUUUUCAACUUUGCGGCACGCGCAGUACGCUACACUGUGCAUGCUCAUCGAGCUGCAAAGCCAGUGCAAUGAAAAUGUAAUCGGCUACCGCUGCAAUACAUGCAUGGCUGAAAUUAUUGGAAGUCGUUUCCAUUGCCCAGAGUGUAAGGAUUUUUACCUUGUGCUAAGUGCCAUCAGGAACGCGGCCAUGAUCACCUGAUGGAGCAACAUGGUCGGCGGUGAUUAAAGCUUUGAAGCCAGUGAAACAAUAAUAUCAAUGUUAUAAUUAUUGCUUUGUGUCCAAUUAUUUAUUUUGAGUUGAUUUCCGCAAUCACUUAAGUUUGAUGAUAUGCAUGUUGACUUGCCCGUACAAGAGUCUUUUUAUACAUGAUAAUUAUACACGAUGAUUUUUUAUGAUGAUGAUGAUUUUGAUAAAAACCAUUCAAAGCCA